CCCACCCCACGUUGGCCGUUUCCUUCCCUGGUGGGGCCCGGCCGCCCAGCCGCCAUGCAGACAUGCUGGCCCCGCUGCUGCUGGCCCUGCUGUGGGGGGGGUCCCUGCAGGACACACGGGCCCAGCUGCAGGCGACGGUACAAGAGGGCCUGUGCGUCCUCGUGCCCUGCUCCUUCUCCUACCCGCCCCGGGGUUCGCGGCCGCCCUCUGACCCGCUCUACCUCUACUGGUUCCGCGAAGGGGACAGCGUGUACUACGAUGACCUUGUGGCCACAAACAACCCACGCAGAGACGUGAAGACACGCGCCAAGGGCCGAUUCCUCGUCCUUGGGGACGUCAGGAGCAGAGACUGCUCCCUGAGCAUCAGAGACGCCAAGAGAGAGGACACAGGGACCUACUUCUUCCAAGUGGAGAGUGGCGAUCGUGUGAAAUACAGUUACGAAAGCAGUAAGCUGAAUCUGCUGGUGACAGCCCUGACGGAGAGACCCCACAUCCACGGCCCGGAGCCUCUGCAGUCCGGCCGCCCCACGGAGCUGAGCUGCGGCCUGCCAGGGUCCUGCGAGGGGGGCCGGCCUCUCAGCUUCUCCUGGUCGGGGGCGGCCCUCCACGCCCUGGACCCCGACAGCCUCCACUCCUCGGCAGUCACCCUCACCCCCAGGCCCCAGGACCACGGCACCAACCUCACCUGUCAGGUGAAACUCCAGGGAACGCGUGUGACCACAGAGAGAACUGUCCAGCUCAACGUCUCCUAUGCCCCCCGGAACCUCACCGUCGGCAUCUUCAGAAAUUGCACAGUCCCAAGGAUCCUGAGCAACGGCACGUCAUUGCCUGUCCUGGAGGGCCAGUCCCUGCGCCUCUUCUGUGCGGCUGACAGCAACCCCCCUGCCAGGCUGAGCUGGUCCCGGGAGGGAAAAACCCUGGAUGCCCCCCAGGCCUCGGCGUCCGGGGUCCUGGAGCUGCCCUACGUCGGGGCUGCAGACGGAGGGGAAGUCACCUGCGGGGCUCAGCACCCACUGGGCUCCCAGCACCUUUCCCUGAGCCUCUCUGUGCAGAGAAGGCCCUCUGGCUGCAGAUGUGUGACUGAGGAGCAGGAGGGCUCCUGGGCCCUGGUCAUCACCCUGAUCAGGGGGGCCCUCAUGGGGGCUGGCUUCCUCCUCACCUACGGCCUCACCUGGAUCUACUACACCAGGCUGGUGGAUCCGCGUCCCUCCAGGGAAGCCCAGGAAUAAGCCCCUGAGGCUCAGGUGGGGCUGAGCUGUCCUGACCCACCUGGAGCCAGGAUUAAAGUGGCUGAAUCUGAUCUGAGACCCGUGUUGGCUGUGCAGGUGCGGAGCCCGCAGGGGAUCAGGGCUGGGAGGCCCGACUCACCCCUCCUUCUCCAGACAGAACUGAGCUGUGGACACCGAGCCAUGAGGGACAGACGUGGGACAUCACUGCCAGCUUCCUUCUGGAAACUGUCCAUUCACGCCCCACUGCCUGCCCCUUGUUUCCUGCCUGCCCCCCGCCCAUCUAGCGACUCCCCUCUCCCUAUUGGUCCUGCCCCAGCCCCAGCUACAUCACCCAUCCCUUCCCGCCACCCUUCUCCUCCCUCUCCACCCCCAGGCCUGCGCAGGGAAGGAACUCAGGGUCUUAUCCCCCCGUUACCCAAAACCUACCUUCUCAACACUUGAGUUUCUGGUCUCCUGAACUUCCCCAUCAGCAUAGACAUGGAUGCACAGUGCAGUCAUGAUCACAGCUUUGCUUUUUUAUUUAAAGACUCUACCUCAUUAUGAUUAUUAGAAAAUGGCACAGCAUUUAAUUGUAGGUGAAAAUUUAUUAAACAAGACAACAUAAAAAUUGA